UUAUCCCAUUUAGCUAUUCCAGUUAAGCUGUCUAAGAAGCAACAGUCGCCUCACUUUCUGUAUGUGAAGGAACACAAAGUCCGAGAAGGCACCAAUACAACCCACCCUGCAAACCGCACUCUUUUUGUCCUUAAUAUCCCCCCAUAUUGCACAAAGGCAUGUCUGUCCCGACUGUUUUCCUGUUGUUCAUCUGUCCAGUCUGUGGUCAUGUGUGAGAAACCAGGGCCAGAAGAGAAACCAAAGACACCCAAGUCCAAAUUCUUCAAUCUCAAGACAGUUCCGGGAUUCCGAGUAGCUUACGUGGUGUUUAAGAAUCCAGCUGGGGUACAGGCAGCCAAGUCCCUAUCACUACAGGGCCCUCUGGAGUUAUCAUCAGAGAAUCACCCUGUGAAAACUGGCAUCCACAAGUGGAUUGCUAGUUAUGCAGCUUCAUUGGUGGAUCAAGCGGAGCUGAAGGCUGAAGUGGACACCUUCAUGCAAACCUAUGACCAGAAAAUAGCAGAGGAAGAAGCCAAAGCGGAGGAGGAGGAGGGUAUUCCGGACAAGGAGGGAUGGGUGAAGGUAACACGCAAAGGCCGAAGACCAGGACUUCCCCGGACAGAGGCUGCCAGCUUGCGGGUGCUGGAGAGGGAGAAGCGAAAGAGGGCACGCAAGGAGCUGCUCAAUUUCUACGCCUGGCAGCACCGUGAGACCAAGAGAGAAAACAUAGCCCAGCUGAGGAAGAAGUUUGAGGAGGACAAGCAGAGGAUUGCGCUGAUGCGGGCCCAGCGGAAGUUCCGGCCAUAUUGAGCCACUCUGGGCACUGCUGCUUCCUUGCCCGUUUCCCUGGAGGGCGCGUUGAGUUCAGACUGAUCACACUGAGGGGCCUCUACAAAGUGCUAUGGAGCCAACUUGUUCCCUCUGCUGUAAGCUGGGCCCUACAUGGGAAAUCCCCAGUGGGUCACAAAUGGACAGUUGGGUGAAGCUUUUCAUCUGCUCAAUAUGCCGGUGGGGCAGUGAGUCAGGCACAGAAACCUCCAUUAAGUGCAGUUCAUGGGCUGCAGUCCCUCUUAGCUGAGUGGGCUGGCACCCCCCGUACUCAACUUUCACCUGUUAUCUUGCUGCACUGUCCCCUCUGGGCAUCUGUCUUAAACUGGAUCCCCCAGCAAGAGGCCCACCCUUGGGCCUGUGACGACCACAAGGGAGCUGCUGCUGUAUCAAAAGCAGCAAAUGGUAAAUAAACUGCCUGUUUCCUA